UAGCAUUUCGCGAAUGUUUGAGUGAAUGUAAAGGGGGGAAAUGAUGGAGGGUUGAGUGCUGAGUUUGUCAGGACGAGGUUACUGGAAUUUCACGGUUUGGGGCUGGACUAACGUUAACGUUACUCGUACUCGUUUUUUUUCUUGGUUGCCGACCUCGCCAAUUUCUUACUCAUAUGUUACUGUUAACUUGGAAGAGGCCUAGGACGUUUUCGUUGCCAAGGAUUCAUUUAUGUUACUUUUAUGUUAUGAUAGUGAGCUAGGUUUUGCUUGCUGAAUGGCCCAUAGUGCAGAAGUAGCUGGUAAUUGGCAAGCUAGCUAGCUAGCUGGCUACAUGCAGCCGGGUAGCUCGCUAGCUAGCUUGCUACUUAGCGCACCAUUCAAAUGAGGAUUAAGCUAGCUUGCUAAAUAUUUAAAGAGGUGUGUGAGUGUUGUGGAUUAUGACGGAUUGAUGUUGGACACUAAAAUCUGGAUUUUACUGGGCGGCCAAAAGCAUGUACUUUGUCAAGUCGGACCACUGGAAAGGAAAUUCCUUGUCACCGUGUCAUGCCACUUCGCCAGCACCAUCGCUACUGUUUUAAUGGCUUGACACUUGUGUUGUGAUUGUACUUUUUGUAACAAUUUGCUAUGAAUAUUUUUCGUUAGAUUGUCGGCAAUGAAUGUACACAAGUGGAUUUCAGUCUGAUACCUCUUAAACACUUCACCAAGGGGAAACCUGGGCCAGCUAAAGAAGGACGGGACAUAAAAGAAACACGACUCUCCGUUCAUAAAGAAAACAUGGCCUCAGUUUGGAAAAGGCUGCAACGUGUGGGGAAACACGCGUCCAAAUUCCAAUUCGUGGCUUCCUACCAGGAACUCAUGGUGGAAUGCACAAAGAAAUGGCAGCCAGACAAGCUGGUGGUGGUAUGGACACGCCGCAGUCGACGGAAAUCCUCCAAGUCUCACAGUUGGCAGCCAGGAAUCAAGAACCCGUACCGAGGGGUUGUGGUGUGGCCCGUCCCAGAGAACAUCGAGAUCACGGUCACUCUGUUCAAGGAUCCUCACGCGGAAGAGUUUGAGGACAAGGAGUGGACAUUUGUCAUCGAAAAUGAGUCCCCGUCGGGCCGGAGGAAGGCGCUGGCCACCAGCAGCAUCAACAUGAAGCAGUACGCCAGUCCCAUGCCCACGCAGACCGACGUCAAGCUCAAGUUCAAGCCCCUGUCCAAGAAGGUGGUGGCCGCCACUCUGCAGUUCUCUCUCUCUUGCAUCUUCCUUAGAGAGGGCAAAGCCACUGACGAGGACAUGCAGAGCCUGGCCAGCCUGAUGAGCAUGAAGCAGGCCGACAUCGGCAACCUGGACGACUUUGAGGAGGAGAACGAGGAGGACGAGGAGAACCGGGUCAACCAGGAAGAGAAAGCCGCCAAGAUCACUGAGAUAGUAAACCAGUUGAAUGCGCUCAGCUGCUUAGAUGGGGAGCCCGAUGACUACCUAAAGCAAGCAAAUAAGCCAUCGGCUAAAUCAGCCAGUUCCUCCGAAGAGCUGAUAAGCAAGCUGAACUUCAUGGAGGACGACGACCAGGACCCCUCCAAUCUGAGCACCAACCCCUUCGACGAGCCCGAUGAUCCUAACGUCUUCAACCCCUUUGGGGACCCCGACGAGGAAGAACCACCUCCACGGCCCACCUUCAGAUCCAGCCCAAAGGUGGAGGACGACUCCUACGACCCGGACCCCAACAACCCGUUCAACGACCCGGAGCCGGAGCUCCAGGGAGGGGGGAACCCGUUCGAGGAUCCCGACGCGGAACCCGAGCAGGAACCGCAGCCUCAGCAAUCACCGCCGCGGCCCAGCAAGAGGAAGAACGUGCGGCCCGUGGACAUGAGCAAGUACCUCUAUGCAGACACCUCCAAGGCCGACGAGGACGAGCUGGAUGAGUCCAAUCCCUUCUAUGAGCCCAAGACCUCCAGCCCUGCCCAGCCCUCACCUCCAUCCCCGGCCCCUACCAAGCGUCGGGCCCCUGCUCCCCCCAGCGUGGCCACUCAGGCCCCAGCACCAAAGACGGCCCCGGAGCGGGUGCCCAGUGGCCCUGUGGCCGUGGCCGCUGUGGUGGGGAGGGAGCUGGCCUCCUCCUCCUCCCCGAAGCCGAGUCCCAUCCCCAGCCCUGUGCUCGGAGGGAAGCCCAACGCCAGUCAGUCCCUUUUGGCCUGGUGUCGCGAGGUGACCAAGAACUACCGCGGCGUCAAGAUCACCAACUUCACCACAUCCUGGAGGAAUGGCCUGGCCUUCUGCGCCCUGCUCCACCACUUCAGGCCAGACUUGAUGUGAACUAUAAAGUCGCUUAAUCCUCAGGAUUUAAAGAAAAACACAAGGCAGGCAUAUGAUGGCUUCGCCAGCCUGGGCAUCUCGCGCCUGCUGGAGCCCUCGGACAUGGUGCUGCUGGCCAUCCCGGACAAGCUGACGGUGAUGACUUACCUGUACCAGAUUCGCGCCCACUUCAGUGGCGAGGAGCUCAACGUGGUGCAGAUCGAGGCCAACAGUAGCCGAAGCACCUACAAGGUGGGCGACUUCGAGACGGACACCAACAGCUCCAUCGACCAGGACAAGUUCUACGCCGAGCUCCACGGGGUGAACCAGCCCGCCGAUGGUGACGUGACGGCCACCGCUGAGACAAACGGAGCAGCCAAGGGUCACGGGGUCGAAUCCGAGCCGAUGGAGGAAGAGGCGGCGGCGGCGGUGGCUUCGGUCGUGCCGACCACCGUCUCAGCCACGCCCGUCGCCAAAGAGCGAGCAGCGUCCCCUCCAAUGGCAUCACCCCGUGCGAUGGACGUGCACCCCAGACCUGCCCCGAGGACAGCAGACUCAGGCACGGACGCCAGCAGUGCUGGACGAUUCUCGCCCGAGCCGCGACAGUUGCAGAAGGCCGACACCCUGGACAUGGGCGACUUGCCCCAGAGGGUGGAGAGACGCCAGCAGGAUGCCACCACUGCCAUCACUGGGCCCUCAGACAGGGACGCAGACAAGAGGCACCAGGGGCCCGCCAAGCCCCAGAGAGAGUCCCCGGAUCUGGGCUCUCCCGUGCGCCGGUUUGGCCCCUCACCCCCCCACAAGCUGGGCUUCACCUACAACCGCGACGCUGACCUCAUCAAGAAGAAGAGGGCCAGCCUGAGGCACUCGGAGUCGGACACCACGUCCGACAGCAGCACACCACCACCACCACCACCCUCUCAGAACCACACCACAGACACCCCCGCCAGAUCACCACAGGAGGCUGCACCUGUCCUGUCUCCCAGUACCUCUGAGGAAAAGAGGGUGCUCUCCCGUCAGGAGGAGCUGAAGGAGAGGGCCCGGCUGCUGCUGGAGCAGGCCCGACGAGAUGCCGCCAUGAAGGCCGGCAGCAAGCACACUGCCCAGAGCACUCCCGCACGGACGCCGCAGAUCACAGACGAGCGGGAUGAGGAACGUCGGCGGCAGCUGCGGGAGCGCGCCAGGCAGCUGAUAGCGGAGGCGCGCUCAGGUGUGAAGAUGGCCGAGCUGCCCGUCUACGGAGCCGACGCGGCAGCCACAUCAGCGGCCGGCAAGUUGAAAGGAAGGUCAAAGGCAGCUGGAGAUCUGGUGGAUGGUGAGGCAGCAGGCGGUGCUGGUGUUGGUGUGGAGGAGGAGGAGGAGGAGGAGAUGGUGGAGGAGGGUGGUGGAAGUGGUGUUGAAGGGCAGGGCAUGGCAGGAGUGGUGGUCGCUGGUGGUCAGGCCUCUGCCUCGGUAGCUGCCUUCACAUCAGCCCCUGCUGCUGCUGCUGCUGCUGCUGGCCCUGUCCACGCCGCCAUCUCUCCUCUGCCGGCCGUGGCUGCUGUUGCCGUAGAUACUAACCUCAAGGAGGUGCCCGAGUACUCCUACGUCCUGGAGGACAACUUUACUAACCCCGCCAGUGACCUAGCAGCAUUGGGUGUGCUGAACAGCCGUCAUGUGGACCUGAAGCUGAAGAAGCUGGUGGAGGUGCGGCCGCAGGGAGGGAGCUCUCCUUCGUCGUCGUCAUCCUCUUCCUCACUCACUGCCUCCACCACCUCCCCCAUCAGCCCCACAGAGACCCUAGAGCAGGAGCAGGAGCUGCGAGCAGAGCGUCUGCGCAGGGCGUCGGAGCGUCUGCGCAGCCCGGUGGUCUUCAACAAGGAGUCAGCAGUCAGGAAGACCCAACUCAAGUCCUUCAGCCAGUACGUGGAGACCAGACCAGAGGUAAAGCGUCAGCGAUCGGUGCCUGAGGACCUGAGGAGGCCGAAUGAGGAGCGCGCCGCGCUGCCAGAGAUGGCAGGACGUCGGCCGUAUGAAGAUGAAAAAGCGUUCAAAGACACCAGUCAGUAUGUUGUGGGAGAGCUGGCAGCGCUGGAGAGCGAGCAGAAGCAAAUUGACACCCGUGCGUCGGGUGUGGAGAAGAGGCUGCGCUAUCUCAUGGACACAGGGAAUAACAAGGAGGAGGAGGAGGCCAUGAUGCAGGAGUGGUUCAUGCUGGUCAACAAGAAGAACGCGCUGAUCAGGAGGCAGAAUCAGCUCUCUCUGCUGGAAAAAGAACAUGAUCUUGAGAGACGCUUUGAGCUGCUGAACCGGGAGUUAAGAGCAAUGCUGGCAAUUGAAGACUGGCAGAAGACAGAGGCCCAGAAGUGGCGUGAGCAGCUACUCCUGGACGAACUGGUCAUACUGGUCAACAAGAGGGACGCCCUGGUGCGGGACCUGGACGCGCAGGAGAAACAAGCCGAGGAGGAGGACGAGCACCUGGAGAGAACUCUGGAGCAGAACAAGGGCAAGAUGGCCAAGAAAGAAGAGAAGUGUGUCCUUCAAUGAUUGUCAUCUUUUCUUGUUUUUGUUUGUUUGUUUAGUUCUGUUGUUCCCCUCCCCCAAGUGGAGGAAAACAACAAAACAACAGUUAUUUUUUAGUACAUGUAAAGAGAUUCAUCAGCAGUAGAGAUUUUGAGAUGCCCCCAUUGUUUCAUUUAAUUUUAUGACAUGUGACCCUUUGAAAAAAAAAAGAACCAGUCCUUUAUCUCCAGGGCAGAGCUGACUUAGCUGAGGGUUUCAUGUGUCCGCCCUCUUUGUACUGAGUUUAUACUGAGAAAAUUUCUUCCACUUAUAAAAUAUAUAUAAUUUCUUGUCUCUUUUUUUGUUUGCUUUGUCAAACAAGGUACUUGUAUGUAACACACAGCUCCGUGCAAAACUUACCUUAAAUCAGAAAUACUGUGUACUGAUUCUUUGAGAAGGGGGUGGG